UCUGCUUUAUGAUUUUCUUCGCAAACCACUCUUCAUUUUAUCCAGAGGAGAUAUUUGUUGACUAGUUUUUCAGCUUACACUCAACCGCGGUUUUGAAUCCAAAUCGAUAGGCAUCGUGUUGAGAAAUUGUUGGGGCGGUAUGGCGUAUGAAGCUGUGGGUCGCCUGCCACAAACUUUGCUCCAAAUCCUUCAACGCCACGAUGAUGCGAUCACUCCUCCUGUUAAGCAACAAAUUAUUUCCAUCCACGACAAAGCUUUGGUCUUGGAAUUAAAUCUCAACCAUUUCCAUUUCGCAGAACAAAAAACAAUAGGGAAGGCAGCAAUUGCAACUGAAGGGAUUAUUCAAUAUCUUUUCUCCGCACAAUAUCUAUCAAAUUGUAAAUCGAAAGAUCCAAGUGGCAGACUAUCAAAUCACUUGGGGAAAUUGGCAAAGGAGCUCGACUCAAUUGUUGUAUACAUCGUUGACUACUGCAACAGUGUUUCUCUUGCUGUUAGUUCAUCAUCAACAUCUGUGCUCAAGAGUCAUAUUGAAGAUCCCAUGGUUACAACGGAGCUGAUUGCAAUGACUACAAACCGGUUGAGGAGAUUAGCGGAGAAAUUCAAGUCAACUGCCGGAGAAUUAGCAGAUGAAGAUUCCAGUGAUUCACCAUCAACUGAUUUUACAUCAUCAAUACCUGAAUCUCCAAGCAAAUGUUAUGUGGCUGACUUUGAUGAAGAUCCUAGUGAUUCAUAUCGCAGAGAUCAUGAUGUGGUUGGUUUUGAUGAAGAUAUACUACAGAUGAUGGACCGAAUAAUUGAUGAUUCAUCCUACCUACAAAUCCUCCCUAUUUUCGGAAUGGGAGGCAUUGGUAAGUCCACACUUGCUAAAGCUAUUUAUGAUCAUCCAUUGGUUAAGCAACAUUUUGAUAUUCGAGGUUGGGUCACAAUAUCACAAGAUUAUAGUAUGCCAAAUAUUCUCUCACAGUUACUAGCUUCGCUCAAAGGAAAAGUAUAUCCAGUUGGAAGGGAUUCAUUCAAAGUAGCAGAAGCAGAGAAGCUUGAAAUUUACAAAAUCUUAUCGGGGAGGAGAUAUCUAAUUGUAAUGGACGACAUUUGGAGUGUGGAAGCUUGGGAAUGCGUACGCUGGCUAUUUCCUAAUAAUCAUAAUAGCAGCCGAAUCAUAUUAACCACGAGGCUAAUGGAUGUGGCAACUUAUGUUUCGUGGAACAUUCAUAUGAUGCGUUUCUUGGAUGACGAACAAAGCUGGCGUUUGUUCCAACGCAAGGUUUUCAGUGAUCAAGAUUGUCCUCAUGAGCUACGUAGUGUUGGGGAAAAGAUUGUAAGAGGCUGUGGAGGACUGCCCCUCUCAAUUGUUACUGUAGCAGGAAUUUUAUCAAGGAUUCCUAGAACUCCAAAGUUGUGGCAGCAAACUGAAGUAAAUGAUGGGCAGUUGGUAUCAAUAUUAUCUUUGAGCUACAAUUACUUGCCUCCAUACUUGAGGAAGUGUUUCUUGUAUAUGGCAGCCUUCCCUCAAGAUUAUGACAUCCAUGCCUCUGAACUCAUCAAACUUUGGGUAGCUGAGGGUUUUAUUAAACAGCAAAAUGCAUCUAAAAGCGAAGAAAUGGCGGCGGAGGAGUGCUUGGAGGAACUGAUAAAGCAAAGUCUAGUUUUGACCACUAGCCGAAAAAGUGAUGGCAAAACCAAAAGUUGCAAGCUGCAUAGUAUGGUACGGGACUUUUGUGUGAGGCAGGCCGGGCAAGAGAAGGUCCUUCUUUCUGUCAUGGACUACUUCCCUAAUCUUAUCUUGAGAAGGCAUUUUCUUCCACAAGUCCUUCAAAAUCAUCACCGUGUAAGUGUUAGUUGGCAUGAUCUACACCUUAAAGACUCUACGCAUAGCUCAUGCACCGCUUCUAUUAUAUGCAUCCCGCAGAGAGGGUAUAGGCCCAAAGGCUCUGUACAGAACUUUACUUCGCUUAGGGUUCUUCAUGUUUUACGUAGAAAUGAUCAUUCAUAUUGGGAGCUAGGUGAAGUGUUUAAAUUUAUUUCUCUCACUUACCUUGCUUCCUAUAUUCCCGAUAGUAUCAUUCCUCCAACUAUAGCAAAGCUUCAGAAUCUGCAGACUUUAAUUAUUUAUAGAUCUGAGGUUCGUUUGCCACUGGAGAUUUGGAGCUUGAGGCAAUUGAGACAUCUUAUCGCUUUCUCAUUUUGUCCUUUACUCCUUCCUGAAGGAGCAAUGAUUUCUCUUGAUAACUUACAAACACUUUCCAUGGCAACAAACUUUGUAUGUAGUGGUAGGAUGGUGCAAAUGAUCCCAAACAUAAAAAAGUUGGGAAUAUGCUACCCUGAAACAAAGUUUAGCGCUGGCUAUUAUUAUCUUCAAAAUCUUACACGUUUUCGUCAACUUGAGAAGCUGAAAAUGGAGAUGCAUAGUUCAUCUGCGCCACGUCUGACUCUUGCUAUUCCUAAGAGGCUGAAGAAGCUAGAAUUGAGUGGCAGGUGGAGUCCUUGGAGAGCUAUGACCUAUUUUCAUUAUUUUGGUAAUCUUCAAGUGUUGAAACUCAAGAACUAUGCCUUAUCUUGGGAACAAUGGGAAACCACUGAGGGGCAAUUCAUUAACUUGAUACGUCUGCUUAUUGAUGAAUCAAAUCUCAAGUGUUGGAGAACUAAAUGGACCCACUUUCCAAGGCUCCAGUGCCUAAUGCUUCAUCGUUGUCCAUACUUGGAUGAGAUUCCAUAUGAUAUUGGAAAGAUUCCAUCACUGCAACUGAUUGAGAUCGACGAUCAUAACCAAUCUCUUUUGUGCUCGGCAAAAAAAAUACAAGAGGAACAACGGGGACGUUGGGGAAAAGAAGACCUAAAAGUUAUUGUGAAGCCUUCUUGAUUUUCUUUGAUUGUGUGUUUCACAACAGAAAGUUUUCGUAAAAGUUGCAAGAUGCAGAGUUUAGAUGAGGUAGCUUAUCAGAUAUUCAACUGACAGAAGAGACAGAGAUUUAAAGGUGCAAUAUAUGGUUGUGAAAGCCGGGUGAAAUGUGUAAAGCAUGAAGAGUCCAGAAUUGCGUCAGGAAGCUCACAGAAUGAGGCACCCGGCCGGGUGACUUUGUGGAGUUAAAAUUCCACCCGGCCGGGUGAAAAUUAGCAAGCAUGCAGAGAUCAGAUUUAUCGCCCGGUCGGGCAAUUCUUGGCUGCGAAACGCCCGGUCGGGCGUUUGUGAAGUCUAACUGCAUUUUGGCAGUUACUGUGGCGGUUUGAAGGAAUUUAAAAGGAAGAAAUCGAACGAAGCAGGGGAGAGGAACCAGGGACAGAAAACAGGAGAAAGAAGCAAGAGGAGAGAGGAGGAAGAAAGGAUCUCCAUCUCGGGGGAGAUCAUCCAUCAUCUAGAGUUGGAGAACACCAUAGAGUUCACGGUUCACGGUUCUUUUGGUGUAAUUCAUUUUAGUAUGUUUGGCUAGAUUUCCUUCGUUGCUCCGAAUAUGUUGUAGGGUGAAUUGUGGAUACUUUGAUGAUUUUUACGGUUUAAUUUAUGUGUGAUUCUUGUUUA